AUGCCUGGCCAACCCUCUGUUUCCGUAGCUACUUCAGCUGCCCCUCCCCUCACCUCGGCGAGUCUCAGCGAACCAAGCCCUGUUGGCACCUCCGCCACUCGCGCCAUGGCUGAGACCAUGCUCAGUGACAUGAACGCCCGGUUGGCCGCCGCAGCUGCACGUCGUGCGCCCGCGGAUGGCCCAGACUACACGGUCGCUGUCAAUUCCUUGGGCAUCGCCAGGCGGGAGUACCGCAUCGCGCCGGAUUCCGUCCCAACGUCCACUACCACACGCGGCAUGGAUGUUCGCGAGCGUCAGCGUGGUCGUAAUGCCAGCGCUCGAAACCAAGCAGCGCAGGCGGAAGCCACUGAAGCUCGGCGACACAGGAUUAUGCGAGAGGAAAUACAUCGCGCUCACAUGCAAGCUGGCGCAGCUCUAAGAUAUCUCGUCGAGAAUGGUCUUCAGGAUCAGUAUGCGGCAGCAUUUACCGCCCUCACUGGGCAGUACCAGCAGUACUAUCAUCAGUGGACGCAAAUGGCAGGCUCAACCGACGCAUUGGCUAUGGGCACCUAUACUGCAGGGGCUUCCCCGAGCUCCGAAGGUUCUGGGCCACGCACAGAAGCGACGACUUCGACCGGUCAAGCCACCGGAGAUCAGCCCUCCAACGUCACAACGCCUUCACUGCUAGACGUAUCUUCGCUCGCUCAGCGCGCUGGAAUGUCCAUCGCCGAGCAACAGCAACAGCAGGCCUUUGCCCGCGCUCAGUAUCAGGCGAAUGUACGCGCUCAAGAACAAGCAGCUCACGCCGCCGCGCAAAGGCAACGCGAAACUCGACGUGUCGAAGCUCAGCACAAGGUCUACUUGAUCAACUGCCGCCACUGUGGGGUGAUGUUCACGAAUAGAGGAAUGAAGGCUGUGCUGCUCUUGCGUCCAAACAUCACGCUAUACAGCACUGACGCUUUCCCUGACAAUACUGAGCCUCACCAUGCACCAUCUGGUCUCGGAACGGGCGAGGCAGGGCCGCAAAGGACUUGCGACUGCAUGACGCAGAGCCUGGCGUGCAAGGGAUGCCACCAACCGAUCGGCUACAUGAUCAUGUCGCCCUGCUCACGCUGCACCAGCAGCGUUUCGAAAGCCCAGAGAGGCUCGAAUGGUCACCGCACAGUACUGCAUUGCACCGAAAUCACCGUUCGUGAGCGUCGUUACGUCCCAGGAGAGGCGGGCGUCUAUGCGUGUCCGCCUGCCGUUGCGAUCAUUGGCUCUCGCAGCCGUAGACCUGCCCGCGAUGGUCCUCUGUACUACGCGGACCGUGGAGUCGCUCCGAUUGAGGACGAUAUACCCAUGGAUGAAGACGAAUGCACGGACGAUGAAGAGUACGACUCUCAGGACGAAGAGAUGAUCGACGAUGCUUCAGCGGAAGCUGCAAAGGCAGAAGAGGCAUUGAGCCAAGCGCGAGCCCAGGCUGACCAGCUAGUGGACGAGUUCAUGCCUCGUCGCCCUCAGUCUCGUUAUUUGCCUCAGACCAGCUUGAACCCAAGCAAGGAGGCCACGUCCAAGCCCCUACGCCGCAUCAAGCGCGGAGAAACAUUGUAUUGGAACGACCUCGCGGCAUGCGGCGAAUGUCCUACACCGUUUGAUUCCGAUCUCGCACUCGAGAUGUGGCGCCACGGCCAGUGA